CUGGAAUAUGACGCAGGGUGAGUGACAAGUCAAAUAUCAAACAAUAAAAAUAAGAAUUUUCAGAUUGCCCCCUAACUAUGAUAAUGUUUACAUAUCAAAUAGAGUUUGUUCACCGUAUAAAAAAACAAGGAGUCUAAUGAAUAUAGUUGAGAUGCCUUCUGAUGGAUUGCCAUUAUCAUUCACGCAUCAUGAAUUAGUUCUAGGUUUUCGACAUAAUUGUACAGAGACUGGAAAAAUUCAUGAUUUUGUUGCCUAUGAGAAAAAUGUGCCAAUUAGCGUAAAAAAGUUCAAUUUUUCAGUUCAUCCAGAUUUUACCGGACAAGGAAUGCAUUAUGAGGAUGAUAAGGAACGAGCUUGGAAAAGAACAGUGUUUCAGAAUAUACAAAUUGAAGAUUUAGAGGGGGCCGUCUUUGAGUAUAAGAAUAUUAAGUUAGGAGCAUGGAAAUAAUUUUCGCGUGAUUUUUAAAAAUACAUUUCAUGACAAGAGAAUAAAAAUGAAAUAGCAAAUUUAUGUGUUUUUACAGUAGUCACAUUGAUUUUGAUGCUGAAUUUUAUGCUCGAAGUGGUCAGAAAUACGUUUGA